UGAAACAAACAUGGCGACAGACUGGAGUGGGCAGGGGUAUAUUCUAACUUUAAUCAUUUUUCUGUGGAGUGUAGUAGCUGGACGAGCGGAGACAGCGGCAGGGGGAGUCAGCAACAGUCGGAUCUUUGGCAUGCGACUGGAAAGAAGCAACAAGCCGGCUUCGACGACUAAUAACGGGGUCAUCCAGGUAACUGAGGGGAGCGAAAUCCUGCUCAGGUUUUACGGGCUGCAGAUCAACUCUGAGACCUGGUCACAGAUCAGCUUCACGGAACACGGAGACGGCGGAGAAGGGGGUAACACCAAUGACAAUAUUAACAGGACUUGCGCCGAUUUCACAAAAGAUCUCACCAUCAGCAAUUUCAUGAACGUCAGCAAUCAGGGCACUUCAGGAGUGCUGUCCGUAACCAUUAAGUCGCUCCGCAAGAGCGAGCUGCAGAAGGAGUAUGGCUUGUGCGUCAGGCAGAGCCCGGAAGGCAAGUGGUACCUGCUGGGGGAGAACGACGGCAGGCUGCUGGUGGUGGAGGAGAAGAAGUCGCUGCUGCCGAUGUGGCUGCAGGUCAUCCUCAUCUCCUUUCUGUUGGUACUGUCCGGCAUGUUCAGCGGGCUAAACUUGGGGCUGAUGGCCCUUGACCCAAUGGAACUACGUAUUGUGCAAAGCUGUGGCACCGACAAGGAGAAGAAGUAUGCCCGCAAAAUCGAGCCGAUUCGAAAGAAAGGAAACUACCUGUUGUGUUCGCUUCUGCUUGGUAAUGUGUUGGUCAACACCACCCUCACAAUCCUGUUGGACGACCUUAUUGGCUCAGGCCUUGGUGCCGUUGUCGCUUCCACCAUUGGUAUCGUAAUCUUUGGUGAGAUCGUGCCCCAGGCGCUGUGCUCCCGCCAUGGUUUGGCGGUGGGGGCCAACACCAUCCUCUUAACUAAACUCUUCAUGCUGCUCACCUUUCCGCUAUCCUAUCCAAUCAGCAAACUGUUAGACUGUGUGUUGGGCCAGGAGAUCGGCACUGUGUACAACCGGGAGAAGCUUGUUGAGAUGCUGAAGGUGACAGAGCCGUACAACGACUUGGUUAAAGAGGAGCUCAACAUGAUCCAGGGAGCAUUGGAGCUCCGGACCAAGACUGUGGAGGACGUGAUGACGCCGCUGAGCAACUGCUUCAUGAUCAGUAGCGAUGCGGUGCUGGAUUUCAACACCAUGUCGGAGAUUAUGGAGAGCGGGUACACGCGCAUCCCGGUCUUCGAGGCCGAAAGAUCAAACAUCGUAGAUAUUCUCUUCGUCAAGGAUCUGGCUUUCGUGGACCCUGACGACUGCACCACGCUGAAGACCAUCACCAAGUUCUACAAUCACCCAGUCCAUUUUGUCUUUCAUGACACCAAGUUGGAUUCCAUGCUGGAAGAGUUCAAAAAAGGUAAAUCCCACCUGGCCAUAGUGCAGAAGGUGAACAAUGAGGGGGAGGGUGACCCCUUCUAUGAGGUUCUGGGUCUGGUCACCCUGGAGGACGUCAUCGAGGAGAUCAUCAAGUCGGAGAUUCUGGACGAGUCUGACCUCUACACUGACAAUCGCAAUAGGAAGAAAGUGGCUCCCAACAAGAACAAGCGCGAUUUUUCAGCCUUCAAACACGAGAGCGAAUCCAAGGUCAAGAUCUCCCCCCAGCUGCUGCUGGCUGCACACCGCUUCCUGGCCACUGAGGUGAGCCUGUUCAGCCCCGCCCAGAUCUCCGAAAAGGUCCUGCUGCGCAUCCUCAGGCACCCCGAUGUCAUCCAGGAGAUCAAGUUCAACGAGAGCGACAAGCGCUCCCCGCAGCACUACGUGUACCAGCGCGGCAAGGCCGUGGACUACUUCAUCCUCAUCCUGCAGGGACGGGUUGAGGUGGAGGCAGGAAAUGAGAACAUGAAGUUUGAGACCGGACCCUUCUCUUUCUAUGGAGUCAUGGCUUUAAGUGCCCCAACCUUGGUGGCGUCGUCUCGUCCUCGUCACCUCUCUCUAAAAAGGUGUUCUCUGUUCUCUCGAUUUCCAGAGUUCCGCUCCCCAUCCCACAUCAGCGGUCUGAACCGCUCCGCCUCUCUCAGUUGUACUGACCGCACGGAUUCCCUGUCCGUCAGCGGCAGCAACAGCCAGCUCAACAGCUCCCCCAUGCCACAGUAUGUCCCUGACUUCUACGUGCGUGCGCUGACUGACCUCCAGUUUGUCAAGAUAACGCGCUCGCAGUACCAGAAUGGGCUGGUUGCAUCCCGGCUGGACAGCACCCCUCAGUCCCCGGAGAGCGGGCACACGCGGCUCGAAGCGCCCCCCGCACAGCCAGCCGAGCCCACUGAGAACGGUCCAGACGAGACCACGUCCCUCCUCAAUGACCAAAACUGCCUUCCUCCCCGGCAGCCCAACCACAACGCCCACACUGAGAGCACCAUCUGACUGGAGGAGAAAGUAGGACAGAGGUGGGGGGGGGGGGGAGACACACACACACAC